CAUGCGCAGCGCACCGACCUGGCAACAAGAUGCGAUGAAAUGGCUACAACGCUGGUGUUUUAAUUCUUCUAGUAACCCAGAGUCAAAUGAACAAAGCACGUCAAACAUUUCACAGUCAAUAUACGCAAAUUAUAACCGGCUCUCUUCGUUGUCAUUAUGCCGAGCAGUAAGCCUGACAAACAGGAGGUCAGCGAUAAUGUCAAAGUGGUGGUGCGAUGUCGUCCCCUCAACCAGAAAGAAAAGAUGAUGGGCCACAAGCAGUCCGUCAUUGUGGACGAGAUCCGUGGGACCAUAACUGUGAACAAACUGGAGACCUCUCAGGAGCCUCCUAAAACCUUCACUUUUGACACUGUGUUUGGACCUGACAGCAAACAGCUGGACGUCUACAAUCUCACAGCCCGCCCGAUCAUUGACUCUGUUUUAGAGGGAUAUAAUGGCACAAUUUUUGCAUAUGGACAAACUGGCACGGGAAAAACAUUCACCAUGGAGGGUGUGAGAGCAGUGCCAGAACUCAGAGGAAUAAUCCCAAAUUCUUUCGCUCAUAUUUUUGGUCAUAUUGCCAAGGCAGAGGGGGAUACCAGAUUUUUGGUUCGUGUUUCGUAUUUGGAGAUUUACAACGAAGAAGUGCGGGACUUGCUGGGCAAAGACCAGAUGCAGAGACUUGAGGUCAAAGAAAGGCCAGAUGUGGGUGUCUAUAUCAAGGAUCUCUCUGGUUACGUGGUGAACAAUGCUGACGACAUGGACAGGAUUAUGUCACUGGGUCACAAAAACCGAUCUGUUGGGGCUACAAACAUGAAUGAGCACAGCUCUCGCUCUCAUGCUAUCUUCACCAUCACCAUCGAGUGCAGUGAGAAGGGUGUAGACGGUAACCAGCACGUGCGCAUGGGAAAGCUGCACCUGGUUGAUUUGGCAGGUUCAGAAAGACAGGGCAAGACUGGAGCCACAGGGCAGCGUUUGAAGGAAGCAACGAAGAUCAAUCUCUCACUCAGCACACUGGGGAACGUCAUCUCUGCCCUGGUGGACGGCAAGAGCACUCAUGUUCCCUACAGAAACUCAAAACUGACCCGCCUGUUGCAGGAUUCACUGGGAGGAAACUCCAAGACCAUGAUGUGUGCAAAUAUUGGCCCUGCAGACUACAACUACGAUGAGACCAUCAGUACCCUGCGCUAUGCUAAUAGAGCUAAAAACAUCAAGAACAAAGCCAGAAUCAACGAGGAUCCAAAGGAUGCUCUGCUACGGCAGUUUCAGAAAGAGAUCGAGGAGCUGAAAAAGAAACUGGAAGAAGGUGAAGAGAUCUCUGGUUCUGACGGCAGUGGAUCAGAGGAAAUGGAUGAAGGUGAAGAUGAAACAGGUGAAACAGGAGAAGGUCGCAGGAGGAGAAGGGGAAAGAAGAAGGUUUCUGCUGACAAGAUGGUGGAGAUGCAGGCAAAGAUUGAAGAAGAGCGAAAGGCUUUAGAGGCCAAGCUGGACAUGGAGGAGGAGGAGAGGAACAAGGCCAGAGCAGAGCUGGAGAAGAGGGAGAAAGACCUCCUUAAAGCCCAGCAGGAGCAUCAACUCCUCCUGGAGAAAUUAUCAGCCUUAGAGAAGAAGGUGAUAGUGGGUGGAGUGGAUCUUCUUGCAAAGGCUGAGGAGCAGGAGAAGCUCCUGGAGGAAUCGAAUAACGAGCUCGAAGAACGCCGCAAGAGAGCGGAGCAGCUGCGUAGGGAGCUAGAAGAAAAGGAGCAAGAACGUUUAGACAUAGAGGAGAAGUACACAAGCCUGCAGGAGGAGGCUCAAGGAAAGACCAAGAAGCUGAAGAAAGUAUGGACCAUGCUAAUGGCUGCUAAAUCAGAAAUGGCAGACCUACAGCAAGAGCACAACAGAGAGAUCGAGGGCCUCCUAGAAAACAUCCGCCAGCUGAGCCGAGAACUGCGUCUCCAAAUGCUCAUCAUAGACAACUUCAUCCCUCAGGAAUACCAGGAGAUGAUAGAAAAUUAUGUGCACUGGAAUGAGGAUAUUGGAGAAUGGCAGCUGAAAUGUGUGGCUUACACUGGAAACAACAUGAGAAAACAAACCCCUGCUCCAGACAAAAAAGAAAAAGAUCCAUUUGAGGUGGAUCUGUCCCAUGUCUAUCUUGCGUACACAGAGGAGAGUAUGCGCCAGUCACUGAUGAAACUAGAGCGGCCCAGAACCUCAAAGAGUAGUAAAAGUGGCAGACCCAAAACAGGCCGCAGGAAAAGAUCUGCAAAGCCAGAUGCUGUCAUCGAGUCCCUUUUACAGUGAUGACACUCAAGAGGAGGUCCGCACUUCACAGCUUUCAUGUAUUUAAAAAAAAGUAAUUAGUCCUGCUUCUGGUUGAACAAUAGAAGGUUUUUUUUGUGUACACUGUAAGGUUUUAAAUGUGAACAAGCUGCACCUUUAGUGAGAUGAAACCGCAUGGACAAACAACCUGAUUCUGUACCGUUUAGGGAGAUCAAUCUGAGGAAUCACAUUUUAGAUUUCUGCAUUUUCACAUUGAUGAACAAAUCCACAAGACGCAGUUAGCCUGGCUGUUGAAAAUGAAAUUGCGUAAGUGACCUACAAACUUCAAAGCACUCAUAUUUUCUGAAAUGUGCUGCGUUAACACACAGUUUACCUCUCAGAGAUAAACACAAAUGUUCCGAUCUUUUUCCGCAAUACGGUCGAUAGAUUAAAAUUAAACGAACCACUGAAAAUGCAGUCACUAUAUCCCAGUUGAAACCAAACUAUACUACUAAUCUGAGCAAAGGCUUUAUUGUGAAGUUCAGUUGAAAUCAAGACGAUCAAAAUAUCAUUGUAAAUUAUAUUUAAAGUGUGCUUUCCUUUUAGGUCAGAGGCAUUGAAGCAUGCAUGCCAUUCAGCUCUUAUGUCUGCCGUUUCUUACUCUACACAAGUCACAUGUCCAUUUCUGAACGCUUGUGAGAUGCACCAUAUGUAACGUACGCCUUAGUUUUUAUCUAAAUAUUGCACUGGUAUAGGGUUUUUGAUUUCAUGGUGUUCUGUAGUGAAUGCAAACUGAGUUUCAUUUUUAUCAUACUGUAUGUCAAAUGUUUACACCAACAAACCUCUGGAUUUUAUUUAUUAAAUUAUUAUAUC